AUGAUAGGAGCCAACAAGCGCUCUGGCGCCUGGGACGACGAUCAGAACUCACCCCAGCCCGUCCUCAAAAAGUCUCGCGCCGACCCGGAAGCUCAAGCUCGAAAGGAAGCCAGAAGCCUGGAAAAAAAGCAUGCAAAGGACUCCACCGUCGAAUCCCGCGUCAGGCGCCAUAUCUGGUUAUGGGAACUGAAGGGUCUCUUUGAGCCCUUGCUUCCAGAAAAGAACUACUUCACGAAGACUGAAGCCCCGUCCGGAGGGAAAGCCGUGCCUUAUGAACAGCUGGGACAGCCGACAGAAGUAAAGGCCACAAUGAAGCCCUAUCAACUCACGGGGCUGAGCUUUUUGGUGAAUCUUUACCGAAACGGAAUGAACGGCAUUUUGGGAGACGAGAUGGGACUGGGCAAAACUCUGCAAACGCUUUCGCUCUUCAGUCACGUUAAGGCGUCGGGCGAUACGGGGCCUUUCCUCGUUGUAUGUCCCCUCUCCGUCUUGAACAGCUGGCUGUCGGAAACACAUCGGUGGACUCCUCAUCUUACUGCUAUAACUUUCCAUGGAUCUGCGCACGAACGAAUUCGAUUGAAAUCAGAAUAUCUCCACAAGCAGUUUGACAUAUGCAUCACCACUUACGAGAUGUUUGUGUCGGAAAGCCAUUGGUUCAAAUAUAUGAGCUGGAAGUACUGUGUACUGGACGAAGGUCAUAAAAUCAAAAACGAAACAUCGCAGGUUUCCCAAACCCUCCAAGGAAUCAAAUCGGAAUUUCGACUCCUUCUCACUGGCACCCCAGUCCAGAACAAUCUUCACGAACUGUGGGUCCUGUUUCGGUGGCUUCUCCCUGAAGUUUUCACGGAUCAGACGGCGGAUCUGUUCAGCAGGAGCUUCGAUCUGGGGAAAGGAACGUAUGAUAUAGAGUUUCUCGGGAAUGCUCGCAGCUUAUUGGAGCGUAUCAUGCUUCGGCGUAUGAAAGCCCAGGUUGACUUCCAGAUUCCGGCUCGGGAGGAGAUUACGCUCUAUGUCCCGAUAACCAAGAUGCAACGCUUCUGGUACAAGCGCCUUCUAACGCGGCUUGACACGAUGACAUUGAAAGAGAUCUUUGACCACACUGCCAAAGCGGAGGGCGGUAGCGGAGAGGCCGAUGAUGAUCUCACGAACAACCUGAAGUAUUCCUUGGCCGGCGGUAGUGGGAAAGGGGACUGGAAGAAGAUGAUGAACCUUUUGAUGCAAUUGAGAAAGUGUUGCAACCAUCCAUACAUGCUACCAGACUCGGAACCGGAGCCCUUUGUCACAGGCGAACAUCUCGUUUUAGCUUCAGCAAAGAUGAUUCUACUGGACAAGCUCCUAGCCCAUUUGCGCGAGUGUGCACACAAAUCCUUGAUCUUCAGUGGCUUUACCGGCAUGCUGGAUAUCCUCGAAGACUAUAUGAUCUUCCGAAACAUCCGUUAUGCGCGGUUGGAUGGAACCACGCCUCGCGCCCGGCGGAAUCUGUUGAUCAAGUUGUUCCAGCAUAAGGACUCCCCGUAUGAUGUCUUUCUGGUUUCGACGAAGGCGGGCGGGCUUGGCAUCAAUUUGACUGCAGCGGACACCGUCAUUUUCAUGGACAACGAUUGGAACCCGCAGACGGAUCUCCAAGCUCUAGCGCGGGCGCAUCGUAUCGGUCAGACGAAGAAAGUGACCGUCUAUCGACUUGUGUGCCAGGACACGGUCGAAGAGCAGAUGUUGACGCGGCUCCAAAAGAAGUUGUUCCUCUCGCUGAAAGUCACAGAAGAUAUGAGGGACCCCAACGGCGAGGGCGUAGAAGCGAACCUCUCAACAGGGCAGUUGAUGUCUAUGCUCCGACGUGGUGCUCGGGCCCUGACGCGCGUUUUCGAGACCGCGGAAGAUUUUGCGAAAUCCGACAUAAAACACAUCAUUGAGAAAAGUAAAGAGUAUCAGAAUCUUGUCGACGCGGAGGCGGACAAGGAGGAAGAUUUCGAGCUGGAGGGGAUGGAGCAGGUGCAGAGUCGCUUGUUUGAGGGGGCGGUGGUUCCGAAGGACGAGAAGUCGAUUGCGGAAGAAUGGAAGGACCUUAAGAAGCGUGAGAGGCAAGAGCGGGUAGUAAUGGUUGGCACCCACGCGGUUCUCAAAGAGACCGUCGGAUGUGACCAGUGGGAGGCUCGCUCUACGUUCAGCAAAGGGAUGGUCAUUACGAAGAAAAAGAAAAUUAAGAAGUACAUUCAUCAGGAGAUGUGCCAUGUCUGUGGGAAAGACUCCAAGGAAGAGUUCCUGGAAUGCUCGGGAUGCCCACGCUCGUACCAUCCGGAGUGUACUGAAACACAGAAAACCCAAUUUGGAUGGUAUUGUCCGCAGCACUUUUGCGCCGGAUGUGGGAAGAACACGGGCGAUGCGGGUGAUUUGGGGUUGAUUUACUUACAAGAUGUGUUGAAUCGCAGUGAGGACGAGGGCUGCACGAACUGGGACGAAAUCACACCAAUCGGUUUCAUCCUUCCGGAGCUUCUCCUCUGUGGAUUAGGAGAAAUCACACAGGCUUAUUAUAUCCGCUGUGCCGAUUGCACGCGCUCCUGUGUAGAGGACCCAGCGUUCCAGCAGGAGAUCGAGGCUCAGAUGGAGGCGGAUUGGAAGCGAGUGGAGGAGGGUGAGGAUGAGAGCAUUGUUCAGGUAGAGGAAACUAAGGGGAAGAACGGUGUGGGCAAGGCAAAGAAGGGAGUGAAGAAACCGAAAGCGGCGAAAACAGCUGUGAAGAAGGGAGCAAGGAACGGGAAGGCGUAAAAUCGUUGAGAUAUAUGUAGCGUAGCGUUUAUGAGGCAGGGACUAAUGGUGAUAAUUUGUUUGCCAAGUACUUUUGACGGCUAAUCGAUUUCUUUGACAUUGUCUUCGUGCGUAUGAUUUUGAGACAGCGAUGUGGAAUGGGAUACGAGGCAGAAAGGUGCCUCAGCUCCUUAGCCCCGAUGCAACCCGUCAUCUACAAGCGCUGUACACGAAUGAAACGGCGUGAGAUUCCAGCAUUCGGGAACAUGCCCGAGCAAUUUCUUAAUAAUCUCGGAUUCGAACGACUAAAUUACAUCCGCAUCUAAAAAUCCUUGAACUUCUCUCUAUAUGGAUCAGGGCAAACGAUGCCAUAAGGCUCGUGGUCUUCCGGGUACGCAUCAAAGUUGCUCGUAUCUCCGUCGCCCUUAAGCGGCGGG